ACUUUUUUGAUUUAUUCGUUACAAGCAACAGCUGACAGGCAUUCGCUUUAAAAUAAUGUUUCGUUACGGAGCGCGUUUUUAUUGCAAAUUUGCAACAAAGAGUAACAUUAAAUUACCAAAGCCAAGUGAGAAAACAGAAUUAGACUUUACGCAACUAAAUCAUAGCACAAAGGUGCCGCAGCAACCAGUGCCGACUGCUUUUCCAGACACUAGUAAAAGUGCAAUUGAAAUUGACACCAAGACCAUACAACUGCUGGAACGCCUGUCGCUGGUGGACUUGGACAGCGAGCAAGCGCUGGCUACGCUUAAAAGCAGCAUUCAAUUUGCAGAUAAAAUAGCUCACAUAGACACGGAAAACGUGCGUCCAUUGUACACGGUGCUGGAGAAGCAACAGCUGCAGUUACGCAACGACAUUGUAACAACUGGAGAUAAUCGGGAGCAGCUGAUGCAAUUGGCUAAGGUAACUGACGAAGAUUACUACGUCUCGCCUCCUGGCAAUAUCCCACUGGAGCAAUAAAUGUCAUGUCUAGUCGUCUGG